AUGGCAAUCAAAAGCGAAUUAGAUAUUAAAGGAACCAGAUUAUCGGGAAGAGUGUGGAAAAAAAUAGUAAAACCAAUAAGAUGUAUAAUAUCACCAAAUGCAUGGAAACUCUCAAAGGAUAAAAUCAGAGAAAAAUGGUUAAAAUCAAAAAUUAAAAAGGAGGAAAUCAAGGAAAUCGCAAAAGAGUCAAGUGAAAUAAUAAAGAAGAACAGAGAGGAUAGAAUAAAGAAAGGAGAGCAGAUCAGAAUCAAGAGACAAAGGAAGAUCGAAAACGAGAUCAAAUCAGCAGGAAACAAUAUCAUCAUCGUCGGAUCAAAAAAGUACGGGAAAAUGUCGAAGAAGGCCAAGAAGGGGUUGACCAAGUUGACACCAGAAAUGGUGAACAUAUUGAGGUCGAAAAGAGUGUAA